AUGGCUGCUACCGCUCUUGCUCAGGCCGCGGCCCCUGCGGCCCUGACCUCCUCGCUGUGCUCGAGCCAGCCUAAGGCGCUCUCCUCGUCCGCCUCCUUGACUGGCAUCAAGGUUGUCGCUCCCACUUUCUCCAAGAGCAAGCAGGCGCGCCGCAACCAAAUCAUUGCUGCCGCUAACGCCAAGGCGUCCGCUGCAGUGUCCGCGGAGGCCAAGGCCGCUCCUAAGACUAGCAACCAGUAUGCUAUCCAGGCGUUCACCAACUGGCUGCUGCUGCAGGAGCAGGCUGGGGUGAUCGAUAACGAGAUGACCAUUGUUCUGUCCUCCAUCUCCCUCGCCUGCAAGCAGAUUGCUAGCCUUGUCACCCGCGCCGGUAUCUCCAACCUUACUGGCGUGCAGGGCGCGCAGAACGUUCAGGGAGAGGAUCAGAAAAAGCUGGACGUCGUGUCUAACGAGGUCUUCGCCCACUGCCUGCGUGCCAGCGGCCGCACCGGAAUCAUUGCGUCGGAGGAGGAGGACACCCCCAUCGCCGUCGAGGAGUCUUACUCCGGCAACUACAUCGUCGUGUUCGACCCGCUUGAUGGCUCGUCCAACAUCGACGCUGCUGUGUCGACUGGCUCCAUCUUCGGCAUCUACCGUGAGCCUGAGGGCGGCUGCCUCAUCGACCUCGAGGAGGAUGCCACGCUUGACCAGAUUCAAGCCACAUGCGUCACCAACGUGUGCCAGCCUGGCAAGAACCUUCUCGCCGCUGGCUACUGCAUGUACUCGUCGUCCACCAUCCUGGUGCUCACCAUCGGCACUGGCGUGUUCGGGUUCACCCUGGACCCCAUGUACGGCGAGUUCGUGCUGACCCACGCCGACAUUAAGAUUCCCAAGUCCGGCAAGAUCUACUCUUUCAACGAGGGCAACUACGACAUGUGGACCCCCCAGCUGAAGAAGUACAUCGACAGCCUCAAGGACGCCAGCUCCGGAAAGCCCUACUCGGCGCGCUACAUCGGCUCCCUGGUGGGUGACUUCCACCGCACGCUGCUCUACGGAGGCAUCUACGGCUACCCCCCCGACAGCAAGAACGCCAACGGCAAGCUGCGCCUGCUGUACGAGUGCGCGCCCAUGAGCUUCCUGGCGGAGCAGGCGGGCGGAAAGGGCUCGGAUGGUUUCCGCCGCGUGAUGGACAUCAUGCCCGAACAGGUCCACCAAAGAGUGCCGCUUUUUGUGGGCAGCCCGGAUGAGGUUGAGAAGCUGGAGAAGUACCUUGCUGAGAAGUAA